CAGGCCGGACUACAACUCCCAUAAGACCGCGCGCGGGCCACGGCAAUCAGGUGGGCGCCAGGCCCGGGUGCCGGCGAGGCCGAGACCCCUUGCCCAGAGGAGGCGCCGCCGGGCGAGUUCCGCGCUGGCGGGACCGGGCGGCCGGCGUCAUGACCCUGUUCCACUUCGGGAACUGCUUUGCCCUCGCCUACUUUCCCUAUUUCAUCACGUACAAGUGCAGCGGCCUGUCCGAGUACAACGCCUUCUGGAAAUGUGUCCAGGCCGGGGUCACCUACCUCUUUGUGCAGCUAUGCAAGAUGCUGUUCUUGGCCACUUUCUUCCCCACCUGGGAAGGUGGCAUCUAUGACUUCAUUGGGGAAUUCAUGAAAGCCAGUGUGGAUGUGGCAGACCUGAUAGGCCUAAACCUUGUCAUGUCCCGGAAUGCAGGCAAGGGGGAAUACAAGAUCAUGGUUGCUGCCCUGGGCUGGGCCACUGCUGAGCUCAUUAUGUCCCGCUGCAUUCCUCUCUGGGUGGGAGCCCGAGGCAUUGAAUUUGACUGGAAAUACAUCCAGAUGAGCAUUGACUCCAACAUCAGUCUGGUCCACUACAUCGUGGCAGCAGCCCAGGUCUGGAUGAUAACACGCUAUGACUUGUACCACACCUUCCGGCCUGCAGUUCUCUUCUUGAUGUUUCUUAGUGUCUACAAGGCCUUUGUCAUGGAGACCUUUGUCCAUCUUUGUUCCUUGGGCAGCUGGACAGCACUGCUGGCCCGGGCAGUAGUGACAGGACUGCUGGCCCUUAGCACCCUGGCCCUGUAUGUUGCUGUUGUCAAUGUACACUCCUAGCUUGGUGGCCCAGGUGUUGAGGUACCUUUUUGCUGCCUCUCUCCAGAUUUUAGUGAAGUAAACGG